GCCCAAGUACCUCGCCCGUUGCCUCGCUUCCCACUCCCCGCUCCUCGCAGCAGCUGCGAGAGCGCUGCCCCGCUUUCCCACUCUUCCGCAUUCCCUGUUUUCCACCCCGCCCACUGCAUCUGCCUGCAUUCGCCUCCCCGAUUUCCCACACUCAAGCUGCCACUGCUUUUCCGCUUUCCGCCCAAUCCGCUAGCCCGCGUUCCCGCGGUCCCGCUUUCCGCUUUCCCGCGUCCCCGCUUCCCCCCAGCACCCAUUUUCCCCUCCCUUUCCCAUCCUCGUCGGCCAUCCCAUGUCUUCCCGUCGCCAAUCCCUCCCUUCCUAUCCCCACGCCCUUCCCUUUGCGUAGCUCAUUGGUCCAUUCCCUCACUCAAGCUCUUGCCUUGUCCUCCCGCUCCUCCCCCUGUUAUCCCUCCCAACAUUCCCACCAUAUCCCUAUAUCCCCUGUUUUCCUCACACUGCCCUUCUCUCUCUCCCGCGUUCCGCCCAUCUCUCUCUCCGCCGCAGCCCACCUCACUCUCCCCCGCUCUGCGCACCUCUCUUCCCCUCCCACUGGCUACCUCUCUCACGCCUACUCCACGUCAUAAUUCCUCCAACUCCCUUCCCUCGUUACCCUUGCUCUGCCCACCUCUAUCCCCCCAGCUCUUCCGAAGGUGGGCUCUGGCGGGGGGGAAGCCCUGGUCGCGAUCUAGGAACUCCCUCCCUUCCCUUCCCAUCCCUCCUUUCUCACACUCUCAUCUGCCCAUCUCACACUCCCCGUAUUCCCUCAUUCAUCUCACUACCUAUUUCUGCCCCCCCCCCCGCCUCUCUCUGAAGCGGUCCUUGUAUUCAUGCCCAAACCUGAGUACAGGGCUCGGCACUUCAGGGGUUUGACAAACCAUGCAUCCUAACCCUCCUCUGCCCCGCUAGCCUAAGCCUGCUCCCAUUCUCACCUCCUACUUCCAUCCUGUAGGUUGCAAGGUGCGUGGAAAAGGAGGUGAAUAAGGCCUAGGCUAGAGGCCCCUGGCUGAUCCUAGCUAGACUGUUAGGGGUUUCCUAGGUUGUGCUGCAUUCACUGCUGGCAGCCCAACGCUUACCGGCCUCCUGAAGAUCCCCCCCCUGCAAGGGAGGGUUCUGCUUCUGUUCGUGUGCUCAUCAUUCCAAGCUUUCUCACCAAGCUCGCUCGUCUAUUUUGUUCCAAGCUUCAUCAGCAAGCUUGGUUGUCUAGUAGUUGGUUUGUUGUACCUCUCGACUCGGUCAUCUCGCCUUUUCAGAACUCCUCGGCGAAUUCUCCUCAUAAUGGUUGAUCUCGCGGGUCGUUUCCAGAUUAGUGACCUCGGCGCGGCUGGGCCGAGCUUGAGUCUCGGGCCACCUGGCUGGCUCGAUCAAUCCCAGCCCGAUUCGGAACUUGGAAUGCGUAAGCCACGAGAAAUGACGUCGCCGUCGAAAUCUCGAGCUCCGGAUACAACAUCGUCGGAAGAUGCUCGACUUCUUAGUCCGAUGAUCAAGAGCCCGGACUCAUCAAGACCUGCUCGGAAAAGGUCGCGGGAUGAUCUGGAGGAAGCGGGGUUCAGCAAGGCGCAACGGGAAAAAAUGCGUCGCGACCGGCUGAAUGACAGGUUUCUCGAGCUGGGCCGCGAGCUGGACCCUACGACGACGCCGCGGACCGACAAGGGGAUCAUCCUGAACAACGCCGUUAGAGUGCUCACGGGCCUCAAGGCGGAGGCUGCAGCUCUCAAGCAAGGCACGUGGCAGCUCCAGGAGCAGAUCAAGGAACUUAAGGCUGAGAAGUCCGAGCUUCGGGACGAGAAGGCUCGCCUCAAGGCGCAGCGGGAGUGCCUUCAACUACAACUUCAAGCCUUGCCUCUCCCCACGCCAGAUCGCUUUUCAUCGCCAGCUGCAGCAGCGGCAGCAGCCGCUGCAGCCCUUGCUGCUCUACAAGCUGCAGCAUCUGGGCCCAUAUCCAGCCAUUUUACUGUAAAGCCUCAGGCGUCCGUACCUGCGGAUGCUGCACAUGCGCCUGGUUCUGUCUGGCAGUGGCUUCAGUCAGCCUCUGGGGAUGUUGCGAGAGACCAGGUUCUUCGGGCUCCCGUAGCAUGACCUUUCCAAUGACUGCACUGGCGCUUCAAGAAAAAAUCCUUCGGGUUUUUGGGGUUUUUGUGGGGAUGCGAGAGUGGCAUCGCCUUUUCUUGCUGUAUAGUGGUUCUUUGGGGGUUUCGGGUAUAGUAUUUGCAUGUCUAGUGCUUUCAUAUCCCUUAUAAGGUAUGAGGGUGCCUUUGCAGGCUCACAACCAGAUGCUGGUUGAGCUUGUUUCUUCCCUUUUGCCCAGCAGAAGUUGGGAGGGUGGUUUCGCGAUUUGAGUAUGAAUGUUAAUAGUAUUUCGUACAAUCAAAUUGCGAAAGUCCAGCCAGAGUCUCCGUGUGUUGGCGCACGUGAUGAACCCGAUUCUCAACCAGGCUUUUGCACGUGGACUUGCUCUCGACCAUUCAAGUUGGCGAUAAGGUCAUAGAUAUUGUCCAAUGGAGGGACUUCACUUUCUGGACCUGUUUUCAAGGCACGGGGUGACGUCGACCGCGCGUCCGUCUGACACGCGUGUUCUUUGAUGUGAAUGCAGUACUACACCAAACGUGCGAUAUUUUCUAUUCCCCUAUUUUUCCUGGGGGUGACAGUGCGAGGGUAGUCACCUUCAAAAGCCUUAUUCUAAGAGGCGGACUAAGCGUCCUCUAAAAGAAAUCGCCUUGGGUUUC